UUUGUCAACAGUUGUCCAAAGAAUGCUGAAUCACAAAAUCUUACACUUGUCUCAGAAUUCCAACUUGUGGCCCUCUCUGAUGAUCCAGAAUUGCAAUACAUUCUCUUUGGACUGUUCCUGCUCAUGUAUCUGUUGACAGUGUUUGGGAACCUGCUCAUCAUCUUGGCUGUCAGCUCUGACUCUCACCUCCACACACCCAUGUAUUUCUUCCUCUCCAUCCUGUCCUUGGAUGACAUCUGUUUCAUCUCCACUACUGUCCCAAAUUUGAUUGCAGACAUUCAAGCAAAUAAUAGAGUUAUCUCUUAUGUGGGUUGCCUGACUCAGAUGUCUCUCUAUAUAUUUUUUCUAUGUAUGGAUGAUAUGCUUCUGACUGUGAUGGCCUAUGACCGUUAUGUGGCCAUCUGUCACCCACUGCAUUAUUCAGUCAUUAUGAACCCCUUCUCCUGCUGUGUCUUAGUUUUGGUGUCUUGUUUGUUUAGCUUUUUGGACUCCCAGUUGCACAGUUUGAUUGCCUUGCAAUUUACCUGCUUUAAGAGUGUAGAAAUUUCUAAUUACUUCUGUGACCCUUCUCAACUACUUUAUCUGUCCUGUUCUGAAACCUUUAGAAAUACUGUGAUAAUGUAUUGUAUUGGAGCUACAUUGGGUGUUAUCCCUGUUUUAGGAAUACUUUUCUCUUACUACAAAAUUGUUUCUUCCAUUCUGCGAAUCCCAACAUCAAGUGGAAGGUACAAAGCAUUCUCUACCUGUGGGUCUCACCUGUCAGUGGUUUGCUUAUUUUUUGGGACAUGCAUUGGUGUAUAUUUUGGAUCAACUGUAUCACAUUGCCCAAGUCAAGUUGUGCUGGCCUCAUUAAUGUACACUCUUGUUACCCCUAUGCUAAAUCCCUUCAUCUACAGCAUGAGGAACAGGGACAUUAGUAGGACCUUGAAGAAGAUGUACAGUCAGACAAUCUGUGGUAGCCUUUUGGACUGUAGUUUGGACAUGUUAGCAAAACUGAAGAACUAG